UGUAGAGAUCAUCGCGAUGGAUUAUAAGAACGAAAUGAAAUGUUGCAAAAAAGAAGAUUUAAACGAAGAUCGUAACCGCACAGAAAUUGAUUUGGAAACCAUUAGAGAUUGGUUAAAAAAACAACCCCAUUUAAAUAUCCGAGAAGAUGACGACUCGCUUUUAAUAUUUUUGAGAAGUUCCAAAUACAGCCUUCAACGGACCAAGGAAAAACUCGAGACUUACUACUCCACGCUUACGUUGCUUCCAGAAUUUUUUGAUAAUCGCGAUCCCUUUUUACCUGAUAUACAAGCGCUUUUAAAUGUCGGCACUAUGGUGCCUUUACCAAAUCCCGUCGGCCCCUCCGGAUCCAGAAUUCUUUUCGUUGGGUAUGGCUACGAUCCCGAUGUUGUAACCUACACAACCAUUAUAAAAGCGUGUCACAUAUUUUGGGAGAUGUUCGCUAAAGUACCUACGCCUUACAGUUUUCUCCGAGUACUAUCACCGCCUUGGAAGUGGCUACUACAAUCGCUACCUAAAGCUUGUCUAAAUGGUAAACUUAAGGAGCGGCUUCAUGUCUACCGAAGCAAUGGCAACUUUAAAGAAAUACAUAAGGAGAUUCCACUAGAGUUUUUUCCAAAAGAGUACGGAGGAAACAAUGGAUCAAUUGAAGAACUGGGAGUGAUUUGGAAAAAGAAGAUAGAAUCUUAUAGCGGCUGGUUUCCCAAUGGGGCCAAAUAUAAGUCCAAUGAGAAUCUUCGUCUCGAUAAAUCGAAAAACGCUGCCCGUGAGUUUGGGGUUGAUGGAUCAUUUAGGAGAUUGGCUAUUGAUUAAAUUGGGUCACCUACCGUUGCGCUGUUACAUAUUGUGAUUUAUGCUGCUCAUUGUAUUACUCUGUAAAUGUUGUGUAAGCAUAUUGGGAUUUAGAAACUGUGGAAUAUUUAUACAAA